GCAGCUCGACAAGCAGCAUUUGCUUGUGAAACGUUGAUUUGGAAGUUUGACAUUUUUUAAAGAACUGAUCCAAUGAGUAGACGUAUAAUAGAAAAGAAGAGUUAAACGAGCUUUAAAACACGUUAUUUGGUGACCGUAAUUUUUGCUUGUUGAGUUUCACUUCUAACCUGAAUUCAUCAUUGAGUUUGUUUCUAGCAGUAGCACGUCCGUCCUCGAAGCACACGUUCACUUGGUUUGAAGUUACGAAUUUAAAAAAGGCAGGAUUAUCAGACACUCAGAUUUUCAAAAUUAUUGUUAUUGCCUUUUCGAGAUUGUUAUCGAAUUUAAGUGCCAACAAGACAUUUCAUAAAAGUUACAAUAUUUGGGAAACAAAUUUAAUACAUGAUCGGCGUUUAACCGGCAUUACGUGCAUUUUUUAGUACAAGAGAACUGUACCCUGCCUACACGUUAUCAUGAGUAUAGAACUUUAAGGAUUACAUUACAAUUCACAGUAAUUAUAUAUAUAAAAUAAUUACAGAGAAUAUUGUAAUAUACAAUAAAACUGUUUUAUUAAAAUUGAACAUCAUGUGGCCCAAAGAUGUUGGUAUUAAAGCAAUAGAAGUAUACUUUCCUGCUCAAUAUGUUGAGCAAUCAGAAUUGGAACAGUUUGAUGGUGUAUCUAGUGGAAAAUACACCAUUGGCUUAGGUCAGUGUAGAAUGGGUUUCUGCAAUGAUCGUGAAGAUAUUAAUUCUUUGUGUUUAACGGUUGUGCACCGAUUAAUGGAUAGGUAUAAUAUAAAACCAGAAGAUAUUGGAAGAUUAGAAGUUGGCACAGAGACCAUAAUAGAUAAGAGCAAAUCUGUUAAAUCUGUUCUUAUGCAACUAUUUGAACCAUAUGGUUGCACAGAUAUAGAAGGAGCUGACACAACCAAUGCAUGUUAUGGAGGUACAGCUGCUCUUUUAAAUGCUAUAUCCUGGGUGGAAAGUAGUGCCUGGGAUGGUAGAUUAGCCUUAGUUGUUGCUGCUGACAAUGCUGUAUAUUCUAUUGGAAGUGCUAGACCAACUGGUGGUGCUGGAGCCAUAGCAAUGGUGAUUGGACCAAAUGCACCUUUAGUAAUUGAUCGUGGAGUAAGAUCAUCAUGUAUGAAACAUGCAUAUGAUUUUUAUAAGCCAAAUUUAAACUCAGAAUAUCCUAUUGUAGAUGGACAUUUAUCAAUUCAAUGUUACCUUAGUGCAUUAGAUAAUUGUUAUCAAACUUAUUGUAAAAAGGUAAAAAAUAAGUACAACUACAAUGUAACUUUAGAUAAUUUUGAUUCUUUUUUGUUUCAUUCUCCAUAUUGUAAGUUAGUGCAAAAAUCUUAUGCGAGACUAGCUUUUCUUGAUUUUUUGAAUACCCCUAAAGAGGAAAUAUCUAGAAAGUAUCCAGAAUUAAUAAAAUUACAUGAUGUUAAACUUGAAGAUACUUACUUAAAUAAAGAAAUUGAAAAAACAUUUAUAAAUUUAAGUAAAACAGAUUUCCUUCAGAAGACACAACCUACUUUAAUGAUAGCAAGUGAAGUAGGAAAUAUGUACACUCCAUCUGUAUAUUCUGGAUUGGCCUCUUUACUGAUUAGUAAACCCAUAAAAGAAUUAGCAGGUUCUAAAGUAGGAAUAUUUUCAUAUGGUUCAGGAUUUUGUUCUACUAUUUAUUCAUUAACAAUAACAAAAGAAUGUAAAGAAGAAUCCGAUUUAAUGAAAAUAAUCUCUUCACUUUCAUAUAUUAAGGAAGAGAUUGGUGCACGUCAAAAGGUAUCUCCAGAAGAUUAUACAAAGAUAUUAGAGUGGCGUGAACAGAACUGUCAUGUUGUACCAUUUAGUCCACAAAGUAGCAUUCAAAAUAUGUUCAGUGGAACCUACUAUCUUGUACAAGUGGAUGAGAAAUAUAGAAGGACUUACAAUAGGGUAUAGAACUUGUGUUAGUUCUUAAUAUUUAGCUCAUCAAUUUUAACUUAAUAUAGUAACAAUCAUAUUAUUUGGAGUUUUAACAAUCAUUGAAUCAAAA